UACUACCUCUACAUCUUCCCCGCCCUCCUCCUCGCAGCGGGCAUCAUCCGCUCUCUCUACUACUCCAUGCGGAACGCCCGCAUGAACUACGCCAUAGACUCCGAAUCCCAGAAUCCCGUAGCAUGGCGCACUUAUCCCCCCAGCGCGCUAUCUAACUGGUUCAAGCGCACAAUCCAAUACCCGGCACUCUUCCGUGGUCGACACCGAAAGCCCAUAGGCUGGUACACCUUCCCGACGCGCAUAGAGACAAUCCUGGUGGCGGUGUACUGGCUACUGAACAUCAUCUUCCUCGUCGUGAAUCGAAACCAGAAGGGCCUCGGUGGAAAGAGUAUCGACUCAGUGAAGUUCAUUGGGGACCGGGCGGGGACGCUAGCGUUGUGGAAUUUACCAGUGUUCUUCUUGCUCGCGGGUAGAAAUGAUUUUCUGGUUUGGCUGACGGGGUGGAGUUACUCUAUGUUCCACGUGUUUCACAAGUGGAUCGCGAGGUGCGCAGUGUUGAUGGCCGUGGUGCAUUCUUUGGCAUAUGCGAUUUAUAUGUAUCAAAGUUGGUAUUCCCAGACUUGGAUACACACAGCCUUUCUCCCCGAGAGCGGAGGGAGUAGUAGAGUUAAGCUAAUGGGGAAAUAGUUGGACCCGAAAAACGAGGCUGGAACAGAACCUAUUGGUUGAACGGCAUCGCUGUGGGUUUUACCCUGACCCACAAAAGCCAUGCGAGACUGUCGUGAUUGCUAAGAGAAUCUUAGGCAACGACGACGAUGGGAGUAAUCCUCGUCCUAUCGCUAUUCCCCUUCCGCAAGAAGGCGUACGAGUUCUUCCUCUUCUGCCAUAUCGUAUGCGCAGUCCUGUUCCUAGUCUUCCUAUUCCAGUAUGCCCCCACUCUUUCCCUAUAUUCUUGACCAUGUAGCUGAUGAUUUUGGACAAAAGCCACCUGAAACUCUCCAAGACAAACUCCUACGACGGCUGGAUCUGGGCUUGCGUAUCAAUGUGGGCCUUCGACCGCUUCGCCCGCCUCCUCCGAGUGAUUAUCCUAAACGCCCGAGCCUUCUCCUCCGACCCGGAGAACCACCACCUCGCGCGGGCGAAAUUCGUAAAGGGAACUGACAUCAUUCAAUUAACCGUGUACCCGUCCGCGGAGGACGUGGGCUACUUCCCCGGGGCCCACUUUUUCGUCUUUCUGACGGGGAGUUGGAGAUUCUGGGAAUGCCACCCAUUUACCGCUGCGGAUUGGAGGCCUUCAGGGCCGACGCUCACUGGGAUGCCGCAGAGGACGCCGUCAGGCGCGAGGUCACUGUCGGAGUCCCUGAUGGAUUCUCUAAACGGGUCCUUGAGUAAGGAGAUCGGCGCUAGAAGAGGAACGCGGAGGAGCGGUGCGGUGCUUGGGAGGAGUGGAAGUGGUAGGAGUAUGAAUGGGAGGAAUGGCGGUAGUGGCGUCAACAGAAGCGGAGUGAUGCGUAGUGGGAGCGGCAGAAGUGGAGUGACGCGAAGUGGGAGCGGCAGAAGUGGAGUGACGCGAAGUGGGAGCGGUAGAAGCGGCCGAAGUGGCCGAAGCGGUAUUGCAAGAAGUGGUAGCGGAAGGAGCAAGAACAGCAGAAGCGAAAGGGAAAGAAGUAGAAGUGAAAGGGACAGGAGCAGAGGAGGCUCAAGAGAUAGGACAAGACUCCGAGGCGGAGAAUUAGACCCCGAUGACCUCCCCGGAGGGGACCUCGGACUUCGGGGCGGCGGUCUAGACAUCGAGGACGCCGAAGCAAUCCUCGGCCUCCGCGGCGGUGACCUUCAAAGGCAAAAGUCAAGAAACAUCUAUAUCGUCAAGCAGAACGGGAAUCAGGGGAGUAUAUUCGUCGUGUCCGACACCGGAAAAGGUCGUCCCAUCUUCGAUGCUCAAGGUGCGGGUGGCAUCGAGAGGAUUGGCACGCCAAGAGGCGGUCUAGAACGUAGCAAAUCCGAAACAACCCGCAAAGAACUGGCGAAAGCAAAAAUCGCAAAAGCCCAAGAAGUAGCACGAGCGAAAGACGCCGCAGCAAAAGCCAAAGAAGCGAUAAGAAUCUACGAAUUAACGAAAGCGAAAGAAUUAGCAAAGGCCAAAGCCGAGCUUGCAAAAUUCAGAAAAGCAGUAACCCCACCAGUCGAGAACCCAGACAGCGAGAAACCUGCUUCUCCUGAAGCCGGUAGCAAGAGCGAAGGACCUCCCAAACAACCUCCCCUCAAUAAAGAAAAAGAACCAGUACGGGCCAUAAAAGCUGCCGCACCAAGACCCGAACCAUCCAAAAGAAAGCCGAAACGCACCCACUCCAAGACAGAAACCAAGGAAGAGCGUGCAGCGGCGCGCGAGAAACGCGCGGAAAAGCGACGCAAGCGCGUCGUGGAGAAGGAUGAAGAGCCCGAAGCUGAGCCGGAAACCAACACAGAAGAUAUCAACGCCGGCGCGGUGGAGAAGUACGUUCCCGAUCUCCGCGGCAUAAACGAAGGCGAAGACGAUGACGACCUGGAUCCGGAGAAACUGGCCUUAGAGCUCGCUCUCGGAAACGACCUAGAUGAUGACGAAGAUGAAGAUGAAGGCAUGUGCAUAGAAAAAGAGCUAGAAAUGCUGAAACAGCGCCAACGCGAAGAGGCGGAAAACCGCCGUCGGGCAAUAGAGCUCGAGGAAGAACAAGGCGACCUCUCCCAGAUCCUCCUCAACACGCGCACCGCGGGCUCCGUGAACCGUCCACCAGGGCACGCCCGCGGUGUGCCGCGGCCAAAGCUAACAUUCCUGAUAAAGCCGAGAAAAGGAAUGACGGCCACGCUGGCGGGCAUGAUCCGCGAGAAUGACGAAGAACAAAGGCGCCGGGGCAUCACGAGGAUUAAAGAGUUGGAGAUUAAGUGCCUCAUUGAGGGCGCGUAUGGGAUUAAUCGACCCAUGCACCUGUUCGAGACCGCAAUCGUGAUUGCCGGUGGCGUCGGGGUGACUACCAUACUCCCGUAUUUGGCGGACUUUGUCGACCGCUCACACGGUGCUAGUCCAGACAACCGUACGCUCACGCGCCGGUUUGUCUUCGUGUGGACCGCGCGCGAAGAGGAGCUUGUCGAGAAUGUUGUUGUCAAGAGAUUUCCCAAGGGCGUGCUUAAUCGAGAGGAUGUGAGUUUGCAGCUAUACGUUACGAAGAAGAAGGCCGAGGGGGAGAAGAAGUUGCCUGGUGUGCGCUAUCGCAGGCCGAAUAUUCCAGAGAUUCUGGCGGCAGAGAGAAGGAGGUUGGUGGGGAGGAUGGCGGUGCUCUCGUGCGGGCCUUCGGUGCUCGUCGAUAUUACCAGGAAUGCGGUUGUGGAGUGCUUGACACAGGAGAGGAAGCAUGUGCAGUAUUUCGAGGAGAGUUAUGGAUGG